AUGAAGAGGCUCAGCAGCUCUUCCUCUCUCCACUCUCUCAAGAACCUACUUCUCCAAAACCUCUACCCACAAGCCCUCAAAUCUUCAAUCUCUCUUCACAACCCACUUCUUACCGACACACUCUACGCCCUCUUCCUCCAAUCAGGCUUCAUUCUCGACCCAUUCCUCUCCACCUCUCUCAUCACCCACUUCUCCCUCUCCGGCGACUUCUCACGCGCCACCCAACUCCUCCGUGACACCCACCAACCCGACACAGUCGUCUACAACUCUCUCAUUUCUGGGUUCGCCCGUUUUAGCCGACCCGACCCUGUUUUCAAGCUCUUCAAUGGGUUGAGGCAAUUGGGUCUAAACCCGGAUGUUUAUACACUUAGUUCUUUGAUCAAAGCCUGUGAUGAUUUGGAGCACAUUGAGAUUGCUCAUGGAGUUUCCAUCAAAAUGGGUUUGGUCUCGGUUGUGUUCUUGGUCAGUGGGCUCGUCGAGAACUAUUCGAAAUCUGGGUGUGUUAAUGGAGCUGAGAAGUGUUUUGAGGAGUGCUUGGUUUUGGAUUCUGUGAGAGAUUUUUAUGGGUAUGAGGGUUUGGAAUUGAAUGAGUUUAGCUUGACUAGUGUGCUUGGUGCUUUGUUUGAGGUCAAAGAAGGUGAGGAAGAAAAUCUGAUGCUGUAUAAGUGUUUGAUGAAAUUCCUCAACCAGAUGUUGUUUCUUGGACGGGGUGAAUUGGUUCUGCCUAUGAUGCUGUAG